UACAAGCAAGGAUGAGGUGUACCAGAAAAUUGCAGCGGAGAUGAACUUGUCAGAGACUGCAUUUAUUGUGAAAUUGAAUUCAUUGGAUGAUUUCGCUUCAGGGUCCCGCUUUGCCUUACGCUGGUUCACACCGACAAAUGAAGUACCUCUGUGUGGGCAUGCCACCCUUGCUUCUGCGGCAGUUUUGUUUUACCAAAAAAAAAACCUGAAUGCAGCCCUCGUGUUUGAGACUUUGAGUGGAGAACUCUGUGUUAGGCUUCAUGGGGACUCCAUAGUGAUGGACUUUCCGCUUCAUAAGCCUGUUGCACAGGAUCCAAGUGAAGUAAAAAAUAUUGUUACCGCCACAGUUGGAGGUCUGUCUGUGCAGGACCUUUGUUACAGUGCCGAGACCAAGAAGCUGCUCGUACGUUUGAGUGACAGCUGUGACAGGUCAGCGCUGACAUCCUUGAGGCCGAACGCUACUGACCUGCUACGCAGUGACAGCACUGGGAGGAUAAAGGGAGUCAUCGUCACAGUUAAGGGGACCCCCACAGUGCAGCCCGGUUACGACUUCUUAUCUCGGUACUUUGCACCCUGGAAUGGCAUCCCAGAAGAUCCGGUGACUGGCUCUGCCCACUCUGUGCUCGCUGGCUAUUGGUCAGAAAAACUGGGGAAAGAAAGGAUGCUGGAUGGAAGAAUCACAGCCUUGCGAGAAAUCCCCAUUCAAAGGGAUUUUGAGUCAGCCAAUGUUCGACAGAUCAUUUGUAGUUCAUUUGGACUGAAUGGUGCACAUGUGAUAUUGAAGAUCAGAAAUAGUCGUGGCUCCCUCAUUCCAUUAAAUAGCAGUAUACCAGCUAACAGCAAACACGCGCCAUAUGUGCUGGAGGUUGUGAAGAUUUUCCAACAUGUUGUUCCCAGGCCCUGCAUUAAUGCCACAACUGUAAUCUGUAAAAACAUUAAAACACGACUGCAAAGUAUUGUGAGAAGAAUUGAAAAACUGGAGGAACUUGUACCACAAAGCAAGCUAAUACAUCAUGAAAAGUUGAACCAGGAAAUCAAACUGUUAAGCCAGAAGCUGGUAUUCCUGAAUAAAAGAAUGCAGAUGGCUGAUUCACAAUGUUGGGGGGGGAUGUUCGUACGACCACCGCUGUGGUGAAACACACAAUGUAACCUACUGCAAUAAACAUGGUAAAUCAUCCUGCCA